AUGGCUGAUACCGAGAAUCGUGAGAAUUCGAGUGAUGAAUUUGAGGAUCUCAAGGAUGAGGCAAUCGACAAAGCUAUUGACAAAGGGUUAGGAGCUUUCUCAAAGUGGGUAGAAGAGAAGAUGAAAGAAAAUGAACAACAUGUCGAAAAAUCUUGGGGCGGCUCUGAAAGCCACGGAUCUGUUAAACUCGAAUCGAACAUUGGUUCAGCAGAGAUAACCAUAGAUGAGAACCACGCUUCCGCUCAAACAAGUGCGAACCCUUUUAUAGCAACUGCUAGUGCGCAAGCCGCUGUUAAAAAAUUUGGUGCAAAUACAAAAGUAUUGAAGAUUGUGGAGGCUAAUGUUGAUGGCGAUUUGUUCAAAGCUGAAGCUGGCGCCAACUACGAAGCACCGAAGGGGCAAUUGGGCGAUUUUCAAGCAAGUGCUAGAGCUGGAAAGAUAACGGCCGGUGUUGACUACAUUCCUGGUGCGAGUGCAAGCGCUUCUGUGUUAGAAGCAGGUGCUCGUGCUGGUUUCGGAUACGAGUUCACUGGUUAUGAAGCUGGAGCAUCACUUGCAGAAGUUCAAGCUGGGCCUUUUGCGCUCCGAGCCGGGUUUAAAUUCGGUGUUGCUAUUAAACGAGGCGUACCCGAAGUGCAUGCUGGCCCAAUAACCACUCCUGGAUGCUUUAUUAUGUGA